GGGCUUGGAACCGCGUGCUCCAAUUCAGCCUCCAAGUUGGCAGUUGCUGGUCUUCUCAGAUGCGAAGCCCAGAUUUGCGUUUGGGGCUGUGAGUGAGUCACUCAAAAGGGUGAAUCAUGCCUAGAAAGGUCAGCAGGAUUGAAUCCAGAAGAAAAGAGGAAGAAAAUCGCAAUCCACAGAUUGCACGCAUCUUCAGUUACAAGUGCUAUAUCACCUUCCUUACUGGCUGUUACAGUUGCCACUGGAAAUUCAGACGAUGGGAAAAAACUAAACUUGGAUCCUGUUGCUGCACUCGGAGAGAACAAUGCUUUUGUGUGUUCCUGGUGGUUGCAUUUAUCUUCUCUGUGAUCAUGCUCUUCACAUGGAUAGAAACCUCCAAUGAAUACUUUGGCUUUGACUGGGUCGUUUUUCUACUGACAGGAUCCUGGUUCUUCUGGUCCAUUCUGAUGCUGAGUUUAUUUGGGAUACUGACUGUCUACACUUCAUUGUUAUUGAUACUUGGAAUUUUGCUGCUUUGGGAAAGGAUUGAGCUAUAUCUGCACAAAUCUCAUAAGAUCCUGAUUAUGAUUACAAUCCUGGUGCACACUUUAUUAAUGGUGAUUUUAUUCAAAUUCUGGAAUGAAAGGUGGCUGGUAGUUGGGCUGUCACUGAAGAUCUUUGCUCCCUACGUGCACCUGAGCUGCAUAAUUCUGAUGGUUAUCAUUUCCUGGCCUCUGACCUUCUACUUGGCGCAUUUGGAAGGAGAAAUUAGAAUAAGAAGACACAGGAUGUCAUAUUACAACAAAGAAAGACUCAAGAAAUGUAAUAUAUUCACGAGGUUAAGAGCUCUACAAUUGGCUGUUGGAUUGCCCUUUUUUUUUAUUCUCAUAUGUCUCUACGCAAUGCCACUGGGGAUUUAUUCUCCUUGCAUUCAAGAGAAGGAAGAGUUGGGGCCUAAGCCAGUCUUCUUUGCACACAGAGGUUCACCCAUGGCAGGGCCAGAGAAUACCAUGAUGGCCUUCGAGAAAGCUGUUGAAGAAGGAGCCUCUGGGCUGGAGACUGAUGUACAUAUAAGUUUUGAUCAAGUGCCUUUUCUCAUGCAUGACUAUGACUUGAGAAGAACAACCAACAUCAGAGAGGCCAUGCCAGAGGCUGCCUCUAACCACCCUUCCUCCUUCAACUGGAGCACCUUGUCAACUCUGAAUGCCGGUGAAUGGUUCGUACGGCCAGGGACCAGACCAUUUUUCAAUAUGAAACCUCUAUCAGAGGCUGAUAAAAAACGAGCAAGAAACCAGUCAAUUCCACGACUAGCUGACUUAUUGACACUUGCAAAGAAGGAACAAAAAUUUGUGAUAUUUGAUCUUUUUGGACCUCCACAUAAACAUCCUCUCAGACACACAUUUGUCCGUCAGGUAGUAAGCGUGAUCCUUGCUUCUAAAAUUGAACAACAUCUGAUUUUUUGGUUGCCAGGUCAUGAUAGGCAGUAUGUCAGGUUCAUGGCCCCUGGUUUUCAGCAUGUGGGCCGUUUAGUCUCUGUUGAUAUCCUUACAAAAGAAAAUAUCAGUAUAAUAAAUGUGGACUACAAGAGGUUAUUCUACAAUGGGUUGAGGGAUUAUAAAGCAGCUAACAUCUAUAUCAACUUAUACCUUGUCAAUGAGCCUUGGAUUUUCUCACUGGCCUGGUGCUCCAGAAUUAACUCAGUGACAACAGACAACAUUCCAGUCCUGAGUCAGCUCACUCACCCCCACUUCUUCAUGACACCACGGUACUAUCUGUUCAUAUGGCUCCUCCUGGAUAUUUUUUCUGCAAUUUUCAUUACUGCCAUAUUUUGUUUUCACUGGUGGAAAGAGCUCAAAGAAGAAAAAUUGCUUGAAGCCUCCAGAACCUUCACAGAUUCUCAAAGUUUAAGCCACUCAGUGGAACAAACUGAAGAUCAAGAAGCGUCACACUUACCUAAAAAGCCUACCCGAGUUAGGGAAAGUCCUUGGACUCCAGCCUUACCUGGUAGCAGAAAGAAACUCUCAGACACUUCCCAUUUUGAAGAACCCCUCAAGAAGAAACCAGGGUCUAUCAAGAUCACUCGGAACAUUGUUACAGACUUUGAAGACAGCCAAGUACCCAACUGGGGAGUUGCUGGUGAAGCUGCCCCUCAAACUACAUUACCCACCAUGAAGGCAGAUGAACCAACAGUGCCCUUCACAGAGGGCCCCCACCCUGAAAUACAUCCAAACACACCCAUAUUAGAACCUGCCAAAGAAUCCAGUCCAUCUGUCAUCCCCUUAUAGGAUGUUAUUCAAGCAGAAGUGGCCACACCUCACCCUCUUCUUCCUCUCUGUGCCUAAGAGUAGUGAUGGUGGGGAGUGGUCAAGAAGGCACACAGAAGGGAUAUUGAGGCUGUCAGGCAUACCAUUCUGGUCCAGCCUUUCUAUAAAGAAUGCAUCCUAAAGGGUAAGGAGAAACAGUGGUGUGUGGUCUUGGAACUGGACUUCGUUGUUUUCUGGGUUAACACUUUCAUAGUAAUUUCUGCUAAGAGAGUGACCGUGGUGAAUGCCAACAUUUAAUAAAUGCAACCUUUGAGGAAGCCAGAAGAUAUGUGGUCUAUUCUUUGUCCUGCUCUGUGAUCACUCAGGCUGAUGAAGACUGGCAGACAGGCAGAGUGGUGAUGUCAUCCUAAGCCAGGGAAUGAGAGUUGGCCUGGUAUGAAUCAGGCCAAGCUUUCCUGUAAAACACACACACACAUCACUGAUUCCCCAGUGGUCUGAAUUCCACGCCCACCAAGUGGCCGUUGGUCUUUGAAGAAAUCCAGAGCCAUACUGUGUUCCUGAAUCUCUACCAAUUUGAAGGAGCCCAAGAAAAUGGACCCAGGACCUAUCAAUGUGAGAGCAGCACUGAAAUGAGAUAAAAAUGGAAUAUUUAAGAAUACAUUAUUAAUGAAACCCGUGAAC